GCCUGUGUCUCCCGUGACGUCACCGUCCCGAGGGGUGCGCAGCAGGUGCGGGCGGCGGCGCGAGACGCGCAGGGCGCAGGACAGAUUCUGCAUCCCCCAUGAGCUACGAUAACCCUCCGCCGUACCCCGGCCCGGGCCCGACUGCCCCAUACCCACCUUAUGCACAGCAGCCAGGGGGCCCUCCUGGCCCCUAUCCUGGCUAUCCCCCCGGGCCCUACCAGCCAGGCCAGCCAGGCUACCAAGGAUAUCCCCAGUACGGAUGGCAGAAUGCUCCUCCACCGCCGCCGGGACCGGUGUACGCAGAUGGGCCCAAAAACACAGUGUACGUCGUGGAGGAGCGGCGGAGGGACGACACGGGCGAGAGCGCCUGCCUGACGGCGUGCUGGACCGCGCUCUGCUGCUGCUGCCUCUGGGACAUGCUGACCUGACGCCGCUGCCGCCCCGCCGCUCACCGAGUGCUAUGCAGGCUCCCCACUCCUGUCCCGACUUCUUUCUGUUACUGUAAUCAGCGCUCUGCUUUGCACAGCCAAGAGUUCCCGUCUGUCCGUCCUAGCGCCUUGUCGGGGUGGGGGGUGCACUCCUUUAUUUUAGUAAAGGAAAAAGAAUCCCUUUUUAACAUUUCUAAGACUUUUGUUGUAACUUUGAAGAAUGUGCUAAUGGUGUGUUUCAGCCAAAGGCAUUCUGAUGAAAUGUAUAUUUACCAGUUGAGAUUUUCCUAGCCCUAGAGAUGAAGAUGUACGCAAUAAUUAAAGCCGACAGUUGAUUUUCUUCA